GUCCUCAUAUAGCUACCGCGUGCGCGUGCGCCUGAGCUUGAUUAACGUUGCCACUAUUGAAUUUCUGUUUCCUUUUCGUCCUCCCCUUCUCCUUCUCGUCUCCGAUCCCUAACCGCUCCUUCUCUCCCUCCCCCAUGGAGGGCCCCAAGGGAAACGGCGGCGAGAAGCCCAGCGCGGACCAAAACCAUAGCCCCAAUACUCCCGCCGCAGCCGGGGCCGGAGGGGACGACGUGUCGGCUGCGGCGGCGGCGGCUGUAGGGAGGCGGCCGUUCACCGCCUUAAGCCAGGAGGAGGCCGACCUCGCCCUCGCGCGCGUCCUCCAGGAGCAGGAGCGGGCGUACAUGAUGCUGAGCGCGCACGGCGGGGACGGCAGCGAGUACGAUGCCUCGGACGCUGGGAGCUACGACUACUACGACGAGGAAGAGGAAGGGAUCGAAGGCGACAAGGGGAGCGACUACGAGGAGGAGGGGGUACUACCCAACGAUGACGACGAGGAGGUGGGCGACGCGGAGGGGGCCGAAUUGGACCCCGCGCGGUACGAGGACGACGAGGCGUAUGCGCGGGCCCUGCAGGAUGCCGAGGAGCGCGAGGUCGCCCAGCGGCUCAUGGCGCUCGCUGGGAUCACUGAUUUAGGGGAAGAGAUGGAGCAUGAUGAGGAAGAUGAGGAAGAUGGGGAUAGCGCACAGGAUGCAUGGGAAGACGUUGAUCCAGACGAAUACUCAUAUGAGGAGCUGGUUGCAUUGGGUGAAGUGGUCGGUACAGAAAGCAGAGGCGUUUCUGCAGAUACUCUGGCUUCAUUACCUUCAGUAACUUACCAAGCACAAGAUAAGCAAGAGAGCAACAUGGAACAAUGUGUUAUUUGCCGUGUGGAAUUUGAGGAAGGUGAAUCAUUGGUUGCACUUCCUUGCAAGCACUCGUAUCAUUCUGACUGCAUAAACCAGUGGCUGCAGUUAAACAAGGUAUGCCCUAUGUGCAGUGCAGAAGUUUCUACCUCGGACAACAACGAGGCAUGACAUUCUGUUGUGGUCGUCAUCAUGGACGCAUGGUAGUGGGAAGAAAUAGCGACAGCAUAUAUUUUCUGAUGCCUGUGAGGUUUAAGCACUAGGAGCUGUUGUAUUGUCCAAAGAAACUAGCAAACAAGCCUCAAGUUUGUCUCCCUGCUUUCUAGCCCAGCAGACUCAGACAUAUGUACUUCUGGACUUUCUUCACACUGAUGCUGCUUUGUGAUUCAUUGAUGUAAAAUAGUUUAAAUUUAUAGCCAUUCUUUGUUAGACGCUCGUUGUCCAUUGUGAUUUCGUAGAUGUAAUAUACGUACAAUAAUUAUAUUUAUAGUCAUUCUUUUA